UGGAGCACAGAAAAACAACAAAGAGCCUUCAUCUGUGCAGUGCAUGCAUCUGGCGGUUGUGGCGUGCGGGGACCGGUUGGAGGAGACGCUGAUCAUGCUGAAGUCAGCAGUUCUCUUCAGCAACAGGAGGCUCUGCUUUCACAUUUUUGCUGAGGAUUCCCUCAAGCCUGAAUUUGAGAAGAAGUUAAAGGAAUGGCCUUCCUCGUACAUAAAGAAGUUUGAAUACAACAUUUACCCAAUAACCUUCUCAGUAGGAAAUGCUCAGGAAUGGAAAAAGUUAUUCAAACCAUGUGCUGCCCAGCGCCUUUUUCUUCCGGUGAUUCUGAAGGACGUGGAUUCUCUCCUUUACGUGGACACCGAUGUUCUGUUCCUGAGGCCCAUCGAUGACAUCUGGCAAGUCCUGACAGAGUUCAACUCCACGCAGCUGGCUGCGAUGGCCCCAGAGCACGAGAUACCAAAGAUUGGCUGGUACAGCCGGUUUGCGCGUCACCCCUAUUACGGGACAACUGGGGUCAACUCUGGAGUGAUGCUAAUGAAUUUAACACGCAUACGCAACACUCAGUUCAAGAACAGCAUGAUACCGAGUGGUUUGACUUGGGAGGAAAUGUUAUAUCCGUUAUACCAAAAGUACAAAAAUUACAUUACAUGGGGAGACCAGGAUUUACUAAAUAUAAUUUUUUACUUUAACCCAGAGUGUCUCUACGUGUUUCCAUGUCAGUGGAACUACCGGCCUGAUCACUGCAUGUAUGGAAGCAACUGUAAAGGUGCAGAAGAAGAAGGUGUCUCUAUUCUGCAUGGAAAUAGAGGUGUCUACCACGAUGACAAACAGCCGACGUUCAAGGCACUCUAUGAAGUGAUCCGUGAUUUCCCGUUUGAAGACAAUCUCUUCCAGUCUCUGUACUACCCUCUGCAGUCCAAGUUUCUGGAUACAGUGCACACUUUAUGUGGGAGAAUUCCACAAGUAUUUCUGAAGCAAAUUGAGAAAACUAUGAAGAAGGUGUAUGAAAAUCGUGUCAUUGUCUACCUAGGGGCCAACCACAGAUACUAACUGAAGCUAUGUUUUUACACAGAGUUUUUAAUUCUUGCACCCCAUCUCAUGAAGCAUAUGAAUGAAGA